GCAACCGCAAACAACCACAACCACAACCACAACCACAACCACAUCUCUGCUCGCUCUCCCAUCCAACGUCCUUUUCCGCCUCGCUCCAUCAUUGCAAUCACAAACACCCACCAGCUCACACCCAGACAGUAGCCAAAAUGCGCGAGAUUGUCCACCUCCAGACCGGCCAGUGCGGUAACCAAAUCGGUGCUGCCUUCUGGCAGACCAUUUCUAGCGAGCACGGUCUCGACAGCAAUGGCGUGUACAACGGCACCUCGGAGCUCCAGCUCGAGCGCAUGAGUGUCUACUUCAACGAGGCCUCCGGCAACAAGCAUGUCCCCCGUGCCGUCCUCGUCGAUCUCGAGCCCGGCACCAUGGACGCCGUACGCGCCGGUCCCUUCGGCCAGCUGUUCCGCCCCGACAACUUCGUUUUCGGCCAGUCUGGUGCUGGCAACAACUGGGCCAAGGGUCACUACACCGAGGGUGCUGAGCUGGUCGACCAGGUUCUUGAUGUCGUCCGCCGCGAGGCUGAGGGCUGCGACUGCCUGCAGGGUUUCCAGAUCACCCACUCUCUAGGUGGUGGUACCGGUGCCGGUAUGGGUACCCUCCUGAUUUCCAAGAUCCGCGAGGAGUUCCCCGACCGCAUGAUGGCCACCUUCUCGGUCGUGCCCUCGCCCAAGGUCUCGGACACUGUCGUCGAGCCCUACAAUGCCACCCUCUCGGUCCACCAGCUGGUCGAGAACUCGGACGAGACCUUCUGCAUCGACAACGAGGCUCUGUACGACAUCUGCAUGCGCACCCUGAAGCUGUCGAACCCCUCGUACGGCGACCUGAACUACCUCGUCUCGGCCGUCAUGUCGGGCGUCACCACCUGCCUGCGUUUCCCCGGUCAGCUGAACUCUGACCUGCGUAAGCUUGCCGUCAACAUGGUUCCCUUCCCCCGUCUGCACUUCUUCAUGGUCGGCUUCGCUCCCCUGACUAGCCGCGGCGCCCACUCAUUCCGCGCCGUCACGGUGCCCGAGUUGACCCAGCAGAUGUUCGACCCCAAGAACAUGAUGGCUGCCUCGGACUUCCGCAACGGUCGCUACCUGACCUGCUCUGCUAUUUUCCGUGGUAAGGUCUCCAUGAAGGAGGUCGAGGACCAGAUGCGCAACAUCCAGAACAAGAACUCGUCGUACUUCGUCGAGUGGAUUCCCAACAACAUCCAGACCGCCCUCUGCUCAAUCCCUCCCCGGGGCCUGAAGAUGUCGUCGACCUUCAUCGGAAACUCGACUGCCAUACAAGAGCUCUUCAAGCGUGUUGGUGAGCAGUUCACUGCCAUGUUCAGGCGCAAGGCUUUCCUUCAUUGGUACACUGGCGAGGGUAUGGACGAGAUGGAGUUCACUGAGGCCGAGUCCAACAUGAACGAUCUGGUCUCGGAGUACCAGCAGUACCAGGAUGCUGGCGUCGACGAGGAGGAGGAGUACGAGGAGGACGAGGCUCCUCUUGAGGCCGAGGAGUAAACGGCCGCCUGAUUGCUUCUUUGCAGCUCCUCGCGUCUCCGGUCAUGGGAUAGCACUUACGGAGUAGAUUUACCUGGCAUAUGUCGCUCUUUGGGAAGUCAUUAAGGCUUGGUGUGUCGAAACUACUUGUUGGUCACAGGAUCUGGGGGGGUUGGUGCCCAACUGGCCUAGACUCUAAUACGGGCCAGUUGGUGGUUACUGAAGCCAUGGCUGGUUGAGGGAAGAGAAGGGCAACGUGCCUUGGACACGGUUGUUCCUGUUUUGAUUGCAGUUGGCCCUUUUACAUUAGCCACUUUUAUUGUGCAGAAAAUCAGAGAUAUUCUCUUCUGUGGUCAAUACAUGUAUUGUCCCUG